AUCAUAGUUGUAAACAAACGCCCCACGUGCUGACCGAUUUGUGCUACGAGGCUGGAUAAAAACUGGCGAUUAUUCGCUAUUCGGCGGGCGGCAUUUGUUGCUUUUUAAGCUUUUUACUACAGUGAUGGCUGAGCCAGCAUCGAAGAAACAAAAGAAGGAUGACAGCCUCUCACAGAGCCAGAGCAUCCAUCAGCAAGUUGAGGAAAGGCGAAAGGAGUUCGGCAAGCCUGGCUGGAAGUUCAACAAGAAGCGGGUCAAGGUGUUGACUGCUGAAGAAAUUCCAGACAAAGCCAAGAGUGUUGUUUAUUGGAUGUCAAGGGAUCAGAGAGUUCAAGACAAUUGGGCAUUUCUGUUUGCCCAAAAAUUGGCUCUCAAGUUCAAACUGCCUCUACAUGUGUGCUUUUGCCUGGUUCCAAAGUUUUUGGAUGCCACCAUCAGACACUAUGGUUUCAUGAUGAAAGGUCUUCAGGAGGUGGAGAAGGAGUGCUCCCAGUUGGGUAUCAAUUUUCACUUGCUGGUGGGACCGGCCUCCAACACCCUUGUGCAGUUUGCGAAGGACCACCAGACAGGGGCCGUGGUGACUGAUUUCUCGCCACUCCGGGUGCCCCGCCAGUGGCUGGAUGAGGUCAUUAAGGCCUUGCCGAAGGAUGUCAGUGUGUGCCAGGUGGACGCCCAUAACGUGGUGCCCUGCUGGGUGGCCAGCGAAAAGCAGGAGUACGGCGCGCGCACGAUCCGGCGCAAGAUCAUGGACCGGCUGCCCGAGUACCUGACCGAGUUUCCGGCCGUUGUGCGCCACCCGCACCCUGCCCAGCAGGCGGUCAAGCCGGUGGACUGGGCGGCCGCCGAAGCUUCGCUGCAGGUGGACCGUUCGGUAACGGAGGUGCAGUGGGCGCGGCCGGGCACCGCCGCCGCACUCAGCCAGCUCUCCGAGUUCUGCUCCGGCCGACUGCGUCUGUUUGCCGACAAACGCAACGACCCGACCGUGGCGGCGCUCAGUAACCUCUCGCCCUGGCUCCACUUUGGUCAGCUGUCCGCACAGCGGGCCGUCCUGGAGGUACGACGCCUCCGCAGCCGCCACUCCAAGGCCGUGGAGGCGUUUGUCGAGGAGGCCGUGGUGCGUCGGGAGCUGGCCGACAACUUCUGCUUCUACCAGCCGCACUACGACAGCGUGCAGGGCGCCUACGGAUGGGCGGCCGAGACGCUCAAAGUGCACAGUAAGGACAAACGAGAGUACCUGUACAGCCGGGAGCAGCUGGCGGAGGCGCAGACCCACGACGACCUCUGGAACGCUGCCCAGCUGCAGCUGGUGAAGGAGGGCAAGAUGCACGGCUUCCUGCGCAUGUACUGGGCCAAGAAGGUGCUGGAGUGGACGAGGUCGCCGGAGGAGGCGCUGGCCACCGCCAUCUACCUGAACGACCGCUUCUCGCUGGACGGCAGGGACCCCAACGGAUACGUCGGUUGUAUGUGGUCGAUCUGCGGUAUCCACGAUCAGGGCUGGGCCGAGCGACCCGUCUUCGGCAAGAUCCGCUACAUGAACUACCAGGGCUGCAAGCGCAAGUUCAACGUGGACGCGUUCGUGGCCCGCUACGGCGGUAAGAAGCACAAGUACGUGCCGCCCAAGGAGUGAGGCGGGGCGCGGGGAGAUCCGGCGCCACUGCCGACGUUCGGGCCGGGACAGCCGUGGUCCGACGGGACGUGACCGUUGGCACGGUCAGAUGUGAGUGGUGGGACAGAGUGUGUGAGUUAGAGUGGUGUCUUGAACCCGCUGUUGUGUAGUUAGCGCGGCAGCUUAGGUUCUUGUGUCACGUGUCAUGUCUCAAGAACCGUGCUAAGAGCGGUUUGUGGUGCGGUCUUCAUUAGUCAGUCUUUAGUGUAACCACCACAGCGUCUCCACGGCCGGGACCGCACCACGGAGCGCUGUGCUGGUCCGGUACUCCGCCCUGCCACCUCACCUCUCAGGGAACGGAAUGCCGAUCGCAGUGGCGAUGCGUUUUUGCGCGGUUUUAUUCCGUACCUGCGGUUCUCCUAGCUCGUAAACGGUCACCUCUCGACCCCUGUGGAGGGGUGACCUUGAACCUGAAACCGCCGCCAUUCUCGGCUCCUCGCCGUUCGUAAAACACUGCCCCCAGUUCGGCCUUUCGCCUCUGCAUAUUUAUUGUCUUGGUUGUUGGG